GAAUCUCAAGCUAAUCUCAUCCAGUGCUGACCAGUUUGCUCGCUCUAUACUGCUCCUGUAUUUUUGUGGGGUAUUGUAUUCAUGAGAAGUGGCAGUGUGGGAGGGUUUGUGGCUCUGAUAUCUAGGGGUGUUGGGGGAAAGAUGAAGGGCAUCCAGCGUAACCCCGUCUCCUCCUCCUCUUGUCAUUGCAGUGGAGUGGCCAGAUCGGACAGCAAGAUCAGCGCCAAGGCCCUCUACGAGCAGCGAAAAAAAUACUCUAACUCCAAUUACAUCAUGCAGGAGACGUCCCAGUAUCAUGUUGAGCAUCUCUCCACGUUCAUUAUGGACAAGACAGAAUCUAUUGUCACAGUGGACGAUGCAAUUAAGAAACUGGCUCUUCUGGACUCAAAGGAUAAAAUCUGGACCCAGGAGAUGCUCCUGCAGGUCACGGAUAAGUCGGUCAGGCUGCUUGACUGUGACACCCAGGAAGAAUUGGAGAAUUUCCCUCUCCCAACCAUCCACUUGAGUCAAACAGUCCUGAAUCAGACACGUUAUCCGUCUGUGCUGCUGCUCAUAUGUCAGGACAAGGAGCAGCACAAACCUGACAUCCACUUCUUCCACUGCGAUGAGGUAGAGGCUGAGAUGGUCCAUGCAGACAUAGACAGUGCCAUGGGAGACAACAAGCAUGGAAAGAAAAUGAGGCCUCAGACUCUUAAGGUAAACCAGGAAAAAAUUAAACGUCAUAGAGAGACCAUCCUCCCUCCUUCCGCUCCUAGGGAUCCCCAACCUUUUGCCAAAGGACGAGUGGCAGCCGCUCCAAACACACAGGAGAGACGGGUUUCUGGACAAAAUGACUCAGAGUCACAUGAAAAGCUGGCCCAGCGCAUUGAGAAGGAUGUGCAAAUCCUCAACUGUGCCCUGGAUGACAUAGAGGUCUUCGUGUCACGACUGCAAAAGGCGGCUGAGGCCUUUUCCCAACUCAACCAACGCAACAAGAGUAAGAAGAAUAAGAAGAAAGGACCAGCAGAGGGCAUGCUGACCCUACGAGCCAAGCCCCCCUCUGAAGCAGAGUUCAUUGACAGCCUGCAGAAACUGAAGCUGGCCUUCAACCUCUUGGCCAAACUGAAGAAACACAUACAGAACCCAAGUGCUUCUGAGCUGGUUCAUUUCCUCUUUGGCCCUCUGGAGCUGGUGCUGCAGAGCUGUGGAAGUCCUGAACUGGCCCGUUCAAUUAUCGCUCCUCACCUUUCUAAAGAUGCUGUUGAUUUCCUUCGGGGACACCUCACGCCAAAAGAGACGACCAUCUUUGAGCUGCUCGGGCAUGGUUGGACCAAAUCCAGAGCAGAGUGGCCCAGGGAUCAGUGCGCUCCUCCUUAUUAUCCAAAAUUUCGGAAUGGUUGGGAACCACCAGUAGAACUUUUCCUGACAUCCCCAUGGGAAACUGAGGGAACAUCGGAACAACUUGCAUCCCCCGCCAGUCCCAGUUACAGGCAACACUCAGCUGAUGAUUAUUACAGACCUCUUUCCUCAAACUCAUCGAACGGGUCUUACAAUGAGACGCCCAACAUUCGCAAACAUGCCAAAAUUCGCUACCACUUUGUAGCUCGGAAUGCCAACGAGCUAUCAGUGCUGCAGGAUGAAAUACUUGAGGUGCUAGAGGAUGACAAACAGUGGUGGAAACUUCGGAAUCGCAGCGGGCAGACCGGCUAUGUCCCGUUUAAUAUUCUGGAUGUUGUGAAGAUAGAGGAGCCAGAAGGCCCCUACAACCAGAAGGGUUUCAGAACACCACCACCUGCACCUCUCAGCCAUAGAGAGAGUUUCAACAAGCCCAAAGACAGAAUGAUGGAUGAGGUCAACAACGAGCUGUUGAUAAAAAUCACUGCCAGUAAAAAUCAGCCACCCAGAAAGAUCCGUGUAGAGCGAUCAUCUGCCAGUCAUGUCCCGCUCACCUUUGAUUCAAACCCAGAGCAGGUGACCACGUGGCUUAAUUCGAAAAAUUUCUCAAAACCGACUGUUGAGUGUUUGGGGAUCCUGACUGGAGCCCAGCUCUUUUCCUUGAACAAAGAAGAGUUAAGAGCUGUGUGUGGAGAGGAAGGCAGUCGUGUCUACCAUCAAGUCACCGUGCAGAAAGGACAGCUAGAGCAGUCCAGAGGUGAAUCAGAACUGCAGGAGAUCAUGAAGCGGAGGCAGGAGAGGAUUGAGUCUGGGUCCAACGACUGAACCUGUAAAGCAUCAACACUCCAUGCAGACGUUUUACCUCCUCCAAACUUCUGAAGUACCACAGCUCACUAAAUCAGGCUGCUGUUCAAUGUGAUCUACAGUAGAAAAUUAUUAAAUGUAGUGGACGUUUGUAAUUGCAUAUUUAUUUUUUAUCAUGUAUGUUAUUCAAGUGUUUUCUUAUCAAAUUGUCGCUUUUCUUUUCAAUGUCUCAAAUUGUUGAAGCUAUAUGUGCUGAGAGCAGGAACAUGAUGAUUCACGUUCAGUUUGGUGUGUGCGUGUGUGUGUGUAUAUGCAUGACAUGCAUGUAACAUACAUAUGUGUAUGAGCAGUGUGGUGGACGUUUAUGCUCAUUGUUAAUAUUGCAGAUGUUUACUAAAUUACUUAAGUAAAUAAUUAUUGUUGCAUUUCUCAAUCAGUGCCAGAAUGUUGGAUGCAUUUUCUGAUGUACGGCCAAUUAUUUUCAUAUUUCUGUUUACAGAAAUGAUAAAACAAGCUCUGUGUUAUUACAAGUAACAGAAAUAGCCUCAGCCCUGGUUGGCAAAUGCCAGUCAGCACUAAGUAUUAAAACAUAUAUUAUUGCUGUUUCUUAUCUAAUUUCAGACUUUCUGGCAAAUAAUCUUUUACAACAGUGAAAUAUGGUCUGUAAUUUUUUUUGUCACCUUGGUAUUUUGCAGUUUACACUGCACAAACUGGGGAAAAAGGAGACAAUGCUGUAGAUUUGUUGCUCUGAUAAAAUUAAUUUAGAAUUAGGAAAAUCUUUCUUGGGGUUGUAAAUAUUGUGGGAUGUAAUGUUUAAAAAGAACUUAAUUAAAAAUUUGACUUUGUAAAUA